AUGCAGACGGUGCUGGAGGAUAUUGCUUUUCCAGUUGGAUUUGCUUGAGGUGCAGCUACAACAGCAUAUCAAAUUGAAGAAGGCUGGAAUGCAGAUGGAAAGGGCCCUAACGUCUGGGACAUAUUCACUCAUCAGGGAGGAGAUCGAGUUUUCAAGAACCAGACUGGUGAUGUAGCUUGUGGCAGCUACACUCUGUGGGAGGAAGAUUUGAAAUGUAUCAAACAGCUUGGAUUGACUCAUUAUUGCUUUUCUCUUUCCUGGUCACGUCUGUUACCUGAUGGGACGACAGGUUUCAUCAACCAGAAAGUUCACCCACCACAGAGCAUUACAGAGCCAUUCAGCCACAAGGCAAUACCUGGUUACUCGGGAAGUGCGGAGAGGAUGCGAAGUGCCACCUCUUCUUCAGUGAUAGAAGCUGAUAUUCUUCAUCCGUGA